GCGCCCUAGGCCUAGUGGUGUUAGGAUAUGAACAGCCUGACGAACUGGGCACGCGCUGGCGAAUCCUCAGCCUCUCGAGCUGUUCGAGUCUUGACGCCACUAGAGCCCUCCCUGCCUCAAACUUUAGAGGGCAGGAAGGUGCCCCCAGAAAUGGCCUUAAAGCGCGAGCGCCUUUUCCGUUGGCGGCUCGAGGAGGCGCGUGCGCCUUGAGGGUGCUUCUCCUUCUGCUGGAGGGCACUCUGGUAGUGCCAAGAUUUGAACAGCCUGAAAAGGCGAGCCCUGAGGACUCGCCAGCGAGUGCUCAGCGCUUCGGUCUGUUCGAAUCUUAACACCACUAGCC